GGGUGGGGGUGGGGUGGAGCAGAGAAGAAGAGAAAGCGUUUGAAAACGCAAUCGCAAUGCAUUGGAGUAGCGACGAAGAGUGGAGGGAGCAAACAUGGAUAAAGAUAGGAUGUCUUGUUCCAAGUAAAAGCAUACAUGAAUUGAAGCACCACUAUCAGCUUCUAGUGGAAGAUGUUGCUGCUAUUGAAGCUGGAAAUGUACCUUUGCCCAAUUACAACAACAACAACAUGAUGCAACAACCCCCUUCUUCUUUGUCCACUACUUCUUACAAAGACCAUAAUUUUCAUGAUAAAGAUAAUAGUAGUAAUAAUAAUAAUAUUAAUAAGCCUUUCACCGCUAAUUCUAACUUCUCAUCGGGGGCGGCCGGUUCUCAUGAAUCUAGUAAAGGAGGCGGAGGCGGCAGAGGUGGAGGAGGUUGCUCUAGGUCCGAUCAAGAGCGUCGGAAAGGGAUUCCUUGGACCGAAGAGGAGCACAGGUUAUUUUUGCUUGGUCUAGACAAGUUUGGGAAAGGGGAUUGGAGGAGCAUUUCAAGAAACUUUGUAAUAUCAAGGACACCCACACAAGUUGCAAGCCAUGCCCAAAAAUACUUCAUUCGUUUGAACUCAAUCAACAGAGACAGAAGGAGGUCCAGCAUCCAUGACAUCACCACCAUCAACGGUGACGUCGUCCCAUCACCGUCGACACAUCACCACCAUCAUCUGCCGCCCCCACCUAUAACCGGACAACAAUACCUCCACCACCAUCCACCGCCAAACUCCGCCGCUCCUCCUCCACCCCUUUUAAAGCAGCAACAUCAUCAGAGAGUAAACAUGCACCACCAUCAUCAUGCAUUAGGCAUGUACGGUGGCGGCGGUGGUGCACCACCACCUAUGGGGCAUCCGGUUAAUGUGCCACCUGGCCGCCACAUUGCAUCUGCCGUGGGUACUCCGGUAAUGAUAUCUCCCGGAAAUAGUCAUCACUAUCAACAUCAUCAUCCUCCUCCUUAUGUUCCUCCUCCGCUUGCCGCCCAAAUGCCGCCACCGCCGCCACCUCCCAUGAACUAAUAUAACUUAGAAUAAUGAGUUGAAAGUUGUCUAGUUUUUGCACCCUAAUUGCUUAUUAAAGCAAAAGGCUCCAGUGCUAAAAUUGUUUUUCACAUUCUUUCUUUCUUUCUAUCUGUACAUAACAGAAUCUUUACAAAUUAAGAUACACCAACCAAAACCGCAAUUUAUACAGAUUCAGUCGAUUCCCUCUUU